GGCGGGAGCAGGGCGGAGCGUAGGCACUAGGCGGCGGCGGCUGGUGUGGGGCUCCUUAGAUGCGCCACGGCUUAGGUAGCGACGGCAUCUCUCGCUGGGUCUGAGCCUUGCCAGCCCCUCCCCCAGGAGACCGUUGCAGUCGGCCAGCCCCUGCUCCACUAUAACCAUGUGCGACCGAAAGGCGGUGAUCAAAAAUGCCGAUAUGUCGGAGGAGAUGCAACAGGACUCGGUGGAGUGUGCCACUCAGGCGUUGGAGAAAUACAAUAUAGAGAAGGACAUUGCGGCUCAUAUUAAGAAGGAGUUUGACAAGAAGUACAACCCCACCUGGCACUGCAUCGUGGGGAGGAACUUCGGUAGUUACGUGACACAUGAAACCAAACACUUCAUCUACUUCUACCUGGGCCAAGUGGCCAUUCUUCUGUUCAAAUCUGGUUAAAAGCAUGGACUGUGCUACACACCCAGUGAUCCAUCCAAAAACAAGGACUGCAGCCUAAAUUCCAAAUACCAGAGACUGAAAUCUUCAGCCUUGCCUAAAGGAACACCUUGAUCUUGAACCUUUGUGUUUUGUACAGGGCAUUCUCUGUACUCAUUUGUUGUGGUUAUAAAACAAUUAGCAAAACAGCUUA